AUGGAUGCCAACUCACCACCUUGGAUUGAUAGAGAAGUGACACAUUUCAUACGAAUAAAAUACUCUGUCUUCUUCAUACGAAAAAAAUACUCUGUCCUAAAGAAAUAUCGCAAAUGUCGCACAGAGUAUCGCAAACGAAAGUUAUGCCAAAUUAGUCAAAUCAUCAAAUACCUUGUGAAAAGAAAACACCGUGACUAUCUACUCAAAAUUCAGGACUCUUUUCGAGACAACCAGAGGCUAUUUUGGAGUUAUCAUAAGGCGGUUUUCGAUCAUCGAUCAACCCAAACUCCAGCAAUUUCCUACAAGGGUAAACUGGCAGAAACAACUUCAGAUAAAGCUGAACUUUUCUACUGUUAUUUCUCUUAUGUGUUUCAACCUUCAAAAUACAAUCAACAUCAAGCCUCCAAAUUUUCCUCGUCCCAAUUACGAAUUGAUGCUCAACUACUGGAGAUGGACUUUAGUGAACACAACGUCGCUAAUUGCCUAAGAAAUUUUGACACAUCCAAAGCUAGUGGUCCCGAUGGAAUUCCUGUGCGUUUUCUAAAAGAAUGCAGCCAAAAAAUCGCUCCGAAUCUUUGUUCUUUCUUCAACCUCUCCCUACAAUCUAGUUGGAUUCCUUCCGAAUGGAAAUCAGCAGACAUCACACCGAUCAAUAAGGAAGAUUCGAAGGAGCCAGGGGAAAACUAUCGGCCCAUUUCGUUACUGUAA